GGUGUCAACGAAACACAAAAUGAAGCCCGAGAUCGGCGGCGGUUAAUGGUGGAGAAUUUUCAGUUAGAAUUCAGUGACGGUUGGAGAAGGGCAGGAGCUUAGGAGGUGGUCCGUUAAUUUCAAUAGAACCGUGUCUCGCGGACUCCCGGUUUAAACAAAUAUUCAGAUGAUUGGAAAGCAGCACCGCUCCCCCACCCCGGGGUGAUAGACAACGGGCUGACCUCACCCAAAGGUGCUGUCUCUUGGGGUGAGGAGGCACUAGUAGGGUGCUGGCUGUUGAGGAAUAGUGAGCAAUGAAUGGAAUAUUGAUCCCAAACACUCCAUUUGCUGUGGAUUUCUGGCAGAUUCGGAAGUGCAGCCAUGUCCGUUUGUUUUUCCUGUCUCACUUGCACAGUGAUCACACAUCAGGUCUGUCCUCCACCUGGAGCAGACCCAUAUACUGCUCUCCCAUUACUGCCAGGUUGUUGCGUUGGAAGUUUCAGGUGGAUGAAAUAUGGAUCCACCCACUGGAGUUAGGGGACAGUCACCUCUUGAAUCUUGAUGAAGUUGGAAAAGAGACCAUGACUGUGACACUGAUUGACAGCAAUCACUGCCCAGGCUCUGUCAUGUUUCUCUUUGAUGGCUAUUUUGGCACAGUUCUGUAUACGGCAGAUUUCCGUUACACACCCACCAUGUUUAGCCAUCCACCACUGAAUACAGGAAAAAGGAUAGAUAUCCUAUAUCUGGAUAACACAAACUGUGACCCUGAGUCCAUGGUGCCUUCUCGUCAAGAAGCUACUGAACAGAUCAAAGCAAUAAUCAACGCACACCCAGAAUACAAUGUAGUAAUUGGUCUGUACAACCUGGGCAAAGAAUCCUUAUUAAUAGAGCUGGCCCUGGCAUUUAAAACCUGGAUUGUGGUAAGUCCUCAGAGACUUCAGAUGUUUCAGCUCUUGGGACUCUGUGAUGUCUUCACUUCAGAAGUGGGGGCGGGAAGAAUCCAAGUGGUAGACCAGAAUGAGAUUAACCGCUUCAACAUGGUUAUAUGGAAUCAAAUGUGGCCAACGAUUGCUAUUAUCCCUACAAGUCGAAGAAUGACAGUCUGGCACAGAGAUGUACAUGUGGUUCCUUAUUCAGAUCAUUCCUCGUUUCAGGAAUUGCAAGAGUUUGUGGCCAGGCUGAAACCCUGCACAAUUAUCCCUGUAGUGAAAAAUAAGGCAUGUGAGGCAUACUUCUACCAGUACCUUAGUCCAUUUGAUGAGUUAAAGCAAAUCCGAGUUCCAGAAACUGUAAAAAGAUGUACAGAGAAGAAUGAAAAACGCAAUAAAAGGCUGCUUCAACAGCACAUUGGACUAAGAGCUUUGGAUAUUCCAAAGGGUGUAGUGUUUGAGUCACCAGAGAAGGUGCGGCAAGAUAGCAGUAGAACUGACAAGCUCAGUAUAGAAGGGCUAAGUUCUAACAGUAAUGAGGAGCUAUUCCAAAAGGAAGUGAAUAUCGACAAUAUACAGUUCCCACCAAAAUGUGUCUGGCAGGACUGGAAAGAUGACAGCAAUCUGAUUACAGAGGAGCAGAGUUCUGAUAAUAAUAAGGAUAAAUUUUAUGGAAAAAAUACUACCAAACAAAAAACCAAAGUUCCUUUGCUUGUGGAACAGAAAUUAAAGGCAUCUUUCAUUGGAGUGCCAGUAAAGAUAAGACAGACUUCAUUGCUGAAGUGGUGCCAAGAUGGGAAAUCUGCACAUCAUCCCCAUUUAGGAAGGCAACCAACUGGAAACAAUGGUCCAAGCCGGCAACAGUCCUCUAGACUAUCAGUGCUGCCAGCUAUGAAUGCAAGCACAUCAUUGACAGCACCCGUGCCUUGUUGGUCACCAGAUAUUUAUGAGGAACAACAGAAUGGAGAACCUCAUAAAUUUGAAGAAUCUGGGUCAGCUUCCAUUUCACCUCCAGGCAGGACCUGUAAAAGUAAACCGAGCUCAAGUGAUGAAAACUGUGUACCAACAGUUCAGGGUUGGUGUUAUGCCAGUCUGAAAUCUUUUGAUGCCAUAGUUGAACAAUAUUUUAAGAGGAGGAAUAAAAUACUUGUGAAAAAUACAGUGGAUUAGACUGUCAUAGACAAUAGGUAUGACAUGAGUGUAUACUGUUUUACCAGCAAUCUCUGCAAUUUGGUACUUUGCAAAGGGCAUUUAUUCUCCCUCCUGAUUGCCCAUGGUGCUAGUUCACAAUUUCUGGGUACUUUCUAAUAGUUUGUGGUGGCUGGUGGUGUGUAUACAUAACUGGUUAAAAUUUCUGAAAUGCAUCAACAAAUGCAGCAAAGCUCGGCACUUCCAAAUUAACAAAUUUUACAAGAGAGUUUUGCACCCUUUGACUCCAUUUUGAUGAUUCCUGGUCAUCAAAACAGAUUAUUCAUCUCUUGAGCAGCUCUGAUAAAUAUGGUUUUGUUGGUGCACAGUUCCCCACAGCCACCCCCACCAACCUCCAUGUCUAUCUUAUUUAGGAGUAUAUUUUCCCCUCUCCAUUAAUGUCAGUAAGAAAGUGGACAUAGAUUUAGAGAUUAUAAGUAUAAAUGGCCUUGCACUUUUACUUCAAGGCACUGUCUGUUAGAACAUGGAUCUUUGAGCAUUGGAAAAAGACUACUGCAUGAUAUCAUAAACCUGUGACUGUUUCAUUCUUUAUUGCUGGGUCAGGGAUUUUUAAAACUUUUUUAAAACAUGACUAGCCUUUCUAUCACUUCGUCUUCGUCCCAGCCAAGCAUACAACUUUGAAGACAAUUUACCACUCUGGAUUAAAUCAUUAUAAUCAAAAACUUCAUUUUAUUUGUUCAGUUUAUGAUUCUUUUAUUUAUAGAGUGAAGAGCUCAAUACUGUUGAUUAUUUUGAUUUUCUGUAAUCAGAAAAUACCACAGCAAAGCGAGAUAAAAGAUUAAAGUAUUGAUUAGAGAACCCUCAUCAAAGCUGACAAGAGUAAGAGAACCGAGCCCUAUUGUAAAACUACCUAAACCAAACAGGAGGGGAUAGCAACUGAUAAAGUCUGAGAGUACCAAUAUAUCACCGCCUGUUCCAAAGAGGUAGCUGAUGGGGUUUGAUAAGAUCAUGAAUGGAUUUAUUUUUUAAACUUGAUUUUCUGUGUCUAGAUUUUUGUUUAACAGUUGAUGUGAACAACAGCGAAGUAAAUUGGUACAUCACUGGAAACUGCUGUCUUACCUCCCAGCCUUUAGCUUGAGCUGGUUAUGCAAAAGCUGAUCAGUCCGACUCACCUUUUAGUUAUUUCUCUUACUCUCUACCAGCAUCUUUUUGCCAGAUGAUGCAGUCAAUUUUGGAAAUUUGCUAUGUUGAACGGUGCCAUCCUACCACUAAAUCAUUAAAUAUUAUGACGUGACAGCACACAAAUGGUUACUGUAAUUUUCUGGAUAUAAAAAACAUUUUUUACCUAAAUGUUUAUCUGGAAGUUCGGUUGUGUAUUAAACAUGUUAACAAUUCAAAACGUUUUUUUUUUUUUUGCAGCUGGAAUUAUAGACUUUGUUCUUGAUCAUUUAUUUCAAAAAUUACUGGUGAGUCUUGUAAAUAAAUAUAAAGGAGAAAAA